UGUAAAAAAUAUACGACUCUGGCCACAAUAGACCCGGGUCUGCUUUAAAAAAAAUUUACGUUUUUCAAAAAAGCUAUCAAAAGAAUUAGUGAUUGUAACCAUUUAAAAUGUCGACAGCUCAGGCUAGCAAAAAUUGUAUCACACUCAAAGGAUCUGCUCAGAUUAUAGUAGAGUAUCUAAAAUAUGGCAUAAAUUCAAUAUUAUUUCAACGUGGAAUCUAUCCAGCGGAGAAUUUUAGUACUUCUCAACAAUAUGGUUUAACGAUUCUCAUGUCAAAAGAUGAAAAAAUCAUAACAUUCUUACAAAAUGUUUUAACCCAAACAGAAGAAUGGCUAUCCAAGAACAUGACCAAUAAAAUCUCCAUGGUGAUCACCAAUGCCCAUACCAAAGAGGUGCUCGAAUGUUGGGAGUUCAAAAUGCAAGCCGAACUGGGCGAUGGUAAGGAUUCAUCUGGUGAUCCAAUGAAAACAACCUCGUCGAAGGAAUUAGCACGCAUUCAAAAUGAAAUUCGUGAUGUUAUGCGCCAGAUAUCAGCUACAGUUAGCUAUUUGCCAUUACUCGAUUGUAUUUGCGCCUUCGAUGUGAUGAUCCAUACACUGGAGAACACGGAGAUACCCAAGGAGUGGGAUGAAACCGGCGAAGUGUCCAUACAAAAUGCUCAAGCUGUUAAAUUGCGCUCCUUCUCAACCGGUCUGCACAAAGUGGAGACCGUGGUCAAUUAUAAAAUGACCUCUUAAACUAGCUGAAAAUAUCAUUUUAAUAUACUUAUAUAUAAAUAUUUAUUCCAUUAUGUUUUUAC